CUUUGACGAUCCUCUCGAGUCUCAACUCACCUUCUUCCCUCGAUCCUAGCACAAGACCCGACGUUGCUCGAAAUUAUUGAAAAACACCUAGUCUCAGGAAUUAGAAGCGUCGACGAUUUUGGUAAAUCUGCUCAGGGCACGCAACGGGAAUGUCUAGCAACGAUCAAGAAGCUGCGAGGUUGAUCGAGUCUCAAUUCCACGAUUCAGAGGUAGACGACGAAGGAUUUCCAGAAUACCCUCCUAUCUCUGGGCUGGAUAGUCCUGCUUCCUCAUCUGAGGAUGUUGGAUUGGUUUCACUUCGACCUCGUUCCCGGUCGAACAGUCAUUCGAUCGUCGAUAAUGUAGUUAGCCUGGAUGACGAUGUUCGACAGACAACGCUUUCUUUUAGAGUUUUUUUAUUAGGUGGUCUACUCGGUUGUACAGGCGCUGCCGUGGGUCAAAUCUUUUUCUUCAAAAGUAAUGGGAUCGGUUUCAAUAACUUUCUCAUCAUUCUCGUCAGUUAUCCUAUGGGGAAGGCUUUGGAACGAUUACUUCCGAAAUGGACUAUCAGACUCUCGAAGACAUGGAGAUUCAGGUUAAACCCUGGUCCUUUUACGCUGAAAGAGCACCUUCUCAUCGGUGUUCUCGCUGCGGGUGCAUCUGGAAGCGCUUAUGCAGGAGACAUUGUGGCCGUACAGGAUUUAUACUACCACCAAGACAUUGACCACGUUGGAGGACUCUUACUAGUCCUGAGCACACAGUUACUCGGAUUUGGACUUGCUGGACUUACCUACAGUUUUUUGGUCCGACCGACGAUUAUGGUUUGGCCUUCAUCCUUGGUGAUCAUGUCAACUUAUAACACAUUACAUUCCAAAGCGGGUGGUACAACAAGAAAAAAGGUGGCUCAACAAGAUGAUGUCAUGACUAAAAGAUUUCGAUUCUUUUUGAUUGUCUUUGUUGCAAUCACUAUCUAUCAGUUCCUGCCCACGGUAUUUGCUCCGACCUUGAGUAGUAUUGCCGUCUUAUGCUUAAUCAAUAAUAAAAGCCAGUUUAUGCGAGUACUUGGAUCUGCAUAUACGGGAGUUGGUCUAUUUACGCUUAGCUUUGAUUGGGCGGUGAUCACGUCUACCUCCUUACAAACUCCGUUUUAUUCAUCCUGCAAUUAUUUUGCUGGAUUGAUUUCGUCAAUGUGGCUUCUUGUACCGUUACUCUGGUAUUUUGAUUUUUGGAAUUAUCAAAGCUUUGGUGAUAAUGCAAUUUCAGCCCAUAUGUUUGAUUCUAAAUUUCAAAGAUAUAACGUCAGUGCGGUUGUGAAGCCUGAUCUCACUUUGGAUCUGGAGAAAUACGCGGAGAUGGGACCGAUCCAAUUGACACCAUAUUAUGCACUAUACUAUGGCAUCAGUUUCGCCGUUCUAACUUCAGCUAUCACUACAGUGCUUCUCUUUCACUGGGAUGAUAUUCGAAUGGCCAUGGACGCAAGAUCAAAGGUUUCUUCUGAUGUUCAUGUAGAGAUGGUGGAGAGGAAUUAUGACAUGGUUCCUGCCUCGUGGUAUAUCACGAUUUCGACAACCAUGGGUAUCGCUGCUCUAUACGUAGUCAUCGUCUAUCCCUUGCAGAUUCCUGUAUGGGGACUCGUCAUUGCUCUUAUAUUGGCCAUGACCUUUACGAUCCCACUUGGUAUAAUCAAAGCCACCUCGAACACCAAUAUUGGCUUGCAUGCCAUCACUGAGCUUAUGGCAGGUAUCUUGUUUCCGGGAAAGCCUCUAGCUAAUGUCGUCUUCAAAGUAUAUGGUUAUAUGACUAUGCACCAAUGCUUAGACCUGGCUGCAGACUUAAAGCUUGGUAUAUAUGCUAAAAUCCCGCCGAAGGACAUGUUCAUCAGUCAAAUCAUGGGUACUGCAAUAGGAGCUGUAGUAAAUUAUAUCUUCAUCCGAUUGGUGAUUGCUGAUAAGCGAGAAUAUCUAGAUGGAACUAUAGCUGAUCCAACAGGACAAUGGACCGGACGGAAGCCAGAGUUAUUUUACUCUGGAAGUGUGGUUGCUGGACUAAUUGGUCCUUUUAGGUUUUUUUCGGGUCGAUAUACCAUCUUACUCCUAGGGAUCCCAUUAGGAUUUGUACUACCACUCAUUCCUUGGUACCUUUCCAAGAAAGUUCCUAGAAUCGCAUGGAAGUAUUUCAGUGUACCAUUAUUUCUUCACGGCGCAAUUCAAGCACCUAGGAACCCUAACAACGUCAUCAUCGGGGGGUUUCUCUGCGCGUACUUGUCCCAGUAUUGGGCCUUACGGCGUCGUACAGCUUGGUUUCAUGACUAUAACUAUAUUCUCUCAGGUGCGCUUGAUGCUGGUACAAGUGUGAAUGCUUUGGUGGUCUAUCUAUUGGGUCUUCAUGCUAGGGAAUCGUGGUGGAACUCUCCAAUUGAUUCUGAACAUUGUAAGCCGGGAUCGUGAUGAAAUACGGGAAAUACGGGAAGUCUGUGGAAACCUUUUCAAAUAUCAAUGGUGGUGUAGGCUAUCUCAUCUACUUGCACAUCACAGUUGUAGUGUAUUUUCUGAAGAUCUCAGACAAUGUCGUUCAACAUAAUUCAGAGCCAUCGUGAUCAGAGGUAGAUUCGAAUCAACCUUGAUACAUAGAUGGGUCAUUUUUCUCCUUUGCAUCAAGGACUAGUCAGUCUCAUCGUCGACAUUCUUCAUUAUAAGCAUAAGCUUUGAAUUCUUCUCUAUUCCGAAGAUUUUGUUGUUUUCGUUUUAAUCACUGGUACCUGACUUUUGUAUCUUGUGGACUCGUUUGUAUUGCUGGAUUUGGAAAGUUUACAUAUAUGCAUUCAGAUC